AUGAAAGCAAAAAAAUACUUAGGGAUUGUGAUUCGAUAUGUGUCAGGUGAAGCUUCAGUGCUCUUCACGGGAUUCAUUCAGCUUGGUAUCCCGACUACCGAAACAGACAACACCAGUCGAGAUAUAAAGUUUUCAAACUAUGAUAGAGAACCUUCAACACUCGUCGCGAACGUAACAUUGCGCAUCAGGACGUGGCGCGGGGUGGUGGGCGUGGCUUGGUCAAAAAGGGAGUGUCCCCACCAUACACGUGGCAGGGGGUUUGAUGACCUCUCGCCAUCUCUCGCGCCCGAGGAACCGCUACGUGGGAGGAAGGAAGACGGGACCUUUGCUGCCAAACGCUCCGACGUAACUGCUCGUACGACACAGGAGAAAAAUGGCAAAAUAACUUUUGAUUGCCAACAUGGUCCCAGAGAAUGUGAAGGAAAUAUUGUCCAUGCUUGUGUCACAAAUCUAAUAAAAGAUGAAGCAAAGCAGAUAGCAAUUGUACAUUGCAUGAUAGAUAGAAAUGAACAGCCAAUGGUGGUAGGAAAGAAGUGUGUAGAGAAACACGGAGAAAAGUGGGGAAGUAUAUCCAGCUGUGUCACUUCUGAUAAGGGAGCUAGUAUCCUCAAACAUAUGGGGGAAAUGACACACAGGUUGAAGCCUGAAGUAACCUUCAUUCCUACUAUUACCAUAGAUGGGAGCCAAGAGGACCAGAAACAUAUUCUCCUAGACUUCCACAAGGUGUUGUGCAAAAGAUACAAAGGACCAAGACAUCCUUCGUGUUGAUUGACUUUUCCUCGUCUAAAAUAAGAUUUGAUAAGAGGCUACUUAAUUGAAAUCCUUUACAUGGUGAAUUUGAAAGGAAGAGAAGAAAAUGUAAUUUUAUUUUACUAUUUAUGUAUACUUCUUUAAUACACACACACACACACACACACACACACACACACACACACACACACACACACACACACACACACACACACACACACAUAUAUAUAAUUAAUUUUUUAUAAUCUAUGUAUAUAAAAGUUUUUUUUUCUUUCUUGUUAAUUAUUUAUUUAGAUUUUACAACAACUAGAUAUUUUAUGAUAAUCAGUUUCCAGCGCUGUUGACUUCAUUAUUGAAAUACCCAAGUUUUGAAGAAUAUUAGAGGCCUAAAUGAAAAAAAAAUUAUUACAAGGAUCAUCAGCAACAUAAUUUCAGUAGUGAAAAGAAGUAGGUUUUGAUAUGAUAAUAAUCUGUAAUGGGACAAAGUAAUUUUAUGAGACAAGUCAACAUUAUCAUUGAUUUGUACCAAGGAAAUUGAUAUGAAUUUCACUCAUUUUACAAUGACAAUAAUGAUAUCCUCUAUUGAGCCUUUCUUGAUAGGUUUUUUUUUUUUAUUUUCUUUCUAGUAUGGGCAGCCAAUUUUACCCAUCAGAUACACUGGUAUUGGAUAGUAACAGUAUCAGUGGUUGAACCUGCUUAUUUGUCAUUCUAUUGAUAAAAUAUAGAUGUGGCUAGGAAGAAUGCAUUUUAAUAUUUGUAAUAAAGUUACAGGAUGAAAGUUAUGAAUAGCUGGUUGUGACUAUUUUUACUGUAGAGUGAUCUCUUUGAAUUGCAAAUGAUGAGAUUAUUAUUUUUUUAAUUUUAUUUUUAAUCAAUCUUGAUCCGGUUGCUGACAAGAAGCUGGGAUUAUUGUUUUUCUCACUAAAUUAAAAUAAGCUUUUCUUUGUGGUAGUUUCUGUGUAUGGAAUAACCUAGCACAUAUGAGAUUAUGAAGUUGUACUCAUUUAUUUUGAACAAGGUGUUGAUAGGUUUUUAGUGUAGUAUUUUUUGGAUUUUGGCCUAUAUAUGAGGGAAGUAUAGAGUAUGUCAUUUGUGUGUUUUUACAGGGGUGUCAUUUUUGCUGAAGGAGUUAGUGUAAGGUAAAGUCUUAAUACAUUUCAAGCAACAUGUAACAAUCUUACCCAUGAGUGAUGCAUACAUAAACUUCUCCAAUUUCAUUUAGUUUUGUUAAAUUUGUUUAUACAUAAAUGCCUUCGCAAGCAUUUAAUCACCAAGGAGUCAACUACUAGGUCUAUCUGAUCUCACCUGUUUUCCCCAUUUCUUGAAUUUGGGGGAAAUAUUUUGUGUGUCACUAUUGUUUUUGUUAUCGACAAUAUUAUUAUUUUUAUCCACAUCAUUUAUUUCAUAGACAAUAAUACUAGUAAUAAAGAUAAAGUUUUUCUUUCCUUAAAGUCAAGGAGUAAGGUAACAAGCAUGGUCAAAUAUACCUAGUAAUUGACUCCUUGGUGACUAAGUGCUUCUGGAACCAUCAGUGUGUAAACAAAGUUGAUAAAACCACAGGUGACAGGGCAUGUAUACAUAUGUUAGAAUGAACUGUUCAGCUUUUUAUGUGUGCACUUUUAAUGGAACUACGGCUUAAUGGGAAAAGUAGAGGAAUUUUGUAAGGGGAAAAUGUGCAUUAUUAAUGGUAAAUCAGCUGGAAAUGACCAAAGUAGAGGAUUCCAGAAACCAAACAUUGAUUAACGUUGGUAUUGGACUCGACACUACUGUUCAGUUUUAUGGUUGCCAAAGUGUAGGAUAAGUAUCAUGAGACUGAAAAUUAACUCUUUUUUUGAAAGAUAGUUUUGAUUUGAAGAAUACACAUGUACUUUUUUUAUAGGAAUUCUAACAUACCAUUCCUAUUAGUGCAAAGCAUAUUGAAGAAUAUUGAUAUUUUAUAAACAUACUAUUGAGAUUAUGACAAAGAUACUCAUUUGAAGAAAUCCAUUUUGAUGAUUUGAUACCAUAAAUACUUAUUUAGGCCUUAAUGAUAAUUGAUUUAGAAGAGAAAUUUAGAUUUUUAUAGGCAGACUGUGGAUGAGUUGGUUAUAUAUAUUUGUAUAUAUUUUCAUCAUUAGUUAUGAUCUUCUGUUUAAUUCAAAUGCGUAGUAAAUGUUAAUAUUACCUUUAAAUGUCUUUUGUUUUCUUUUUUGUUUUUCUUUUCUCUUGUUCUUUCUCUCUUCUCUUUAUUCCUCUCAGAUGUUAUUUACAUUCUCUGAAUGAUCUUUUUUUGAGCAUUUAUUUACUUUUUUUCCCCAAGAUACAAGACCUGGAAAAUGUGGCAAUUUAUGUUAGUGAUUUAUAUUACUCAUUAAUAAUCCAGUAAUCUAAAAGGGACAAUCUGUGUAUUAUAUGAACAUAAGUGACCUUUUUUUAAGAGAUAGUUGAAGAUCACCAUUGACAAAUGUGUUUUAGCUUAAGCUGGCAGCUUAUGAUAUACAGCAGAUUAUUUAAUAGUAAUUUAUGAUUAUUUAGAAAUAUCUUUCUAUCUGUAUAUUUCAAAAGAAAUGAAAUUAGAUGAAUCUCUCAGAACUUAGAACCAUGAUAAUGAUUAUAUUAUAUUAUUUGAUCUACCACUAGAAAAAGGACAGCAUGAUGGAUGAAGCAUAUUUUUUUAUGUGUAUAUGUAAUUUUAUGUUUUGUUAUUUCUACUUUUUCCAUGUGAACAAUUAUCAUCUAUCAUACAUCUUCACUACUUAUAUUUGAAAGAAAUGAUUAUUUGCAAUACGAGCAGCUAAUUUCAGACAUUCCAUAUUUAUGUUGUGACUAUUUCAGAAACGUUAACUGUGCAAGAAGCUAAAAUCCUUUGCUUCUUUUUCUCCUUUAGCAAAAUUCAGUUUGUAAGAUUGCUGUAAUUACCAUACCUGUUUCUGAAUGGUAAACAGUUGUAAUGAAGGAUUUUUGAAAUUGAAAAUAAAUCGCUUUUUUUUUAAGCAUUAUUUCUCUUCUCAAUUCGUAAUUUGUGCAGCGAUUGAUGUGCAAUUUGUGCUUGUGAUAAUUAUCAUUUUUAUCCUCAAUAACUGCUUGUCUUUUUUUAAACUUCAUUGUAGAUUUACUGAGGUAUCUCCAGACUCACAAUAGGUAAUUAUUUGAAAGUGAGUAUAUUUGAUAAGGUUACUGUGGGUUAUGAAAUUAAUAUAACAUAUUACAUUACAUUAAAUAAAACAAAAAAACAUGAUAGGACCUUGUAAUAGACAAGACUUUAAAUUGAUAUUACACAUUAUCAUCAUUAAGUACCAGUAAGAGUGAGAGUCUUCAUUUUCGAAGGUUUCCUUGAAAUUAGGAGCAAUAUUGAUAUUGACUUUUCAUAGAGCUUUUUCUUUUUAAAGGUUGGGCUGUUAAUAUUGCAGAGCUUAAUGUCAUAGUUGAGUAUUGCACCAUUUUUGGUUAUUAGCUUAUCAGACAAUUCAUAUUGAAUGUGCAUGUGUAGUUAAAAAAACAAAAAAAAAAAAAAAACUAAGACAAAAAUGUUAGCAUUAUUGUUGUCCUGUGUGACCAUGUAAUAGAUUUCAGACUAAUUUGUGAGGGGAGUUCUUUUUUGAGAUUUUUUUUUUUUUUUAAUUAAGAUUCAUAGGUAUCAACAGUUUAACAUAAUGCAUUUAGGCUUUUACAGACCACAUUUUCAUGGGUAUGUAAAGCUUACCUUGGCAAUGAAUGUACAAAUGAAAUGCCCAAAUACAUUGGUAGGGAUGAUGAAGAAAAACCUAUGUUUUAGCCUUGAAAUGUAAAGCAGUUUGGAAUGUGGACCAAGCUGCUGUUUUGGUUAAUUAUCUUAACAGUGUCUUUUACAUAUGUCUUCGGCUUAUGUGGCUUUUAUUCCAGAUACGAGUCCAAUACAACUCUAUCCAGUCCAGUUUAUGGAUGAGUUGGCUAAAAAUUUGUAGUAAUUCAUUUGAAAAUUCAGUGAAUGUUUUGGAUUUUUGCUGAAGGAAAAUUAGUGAACUCUUGGUAAAUUAACAGUAAUUUAACAUAUCAAGAUCAGAUUUUAUAGCGUAUCCUAAAGUUGCCUUAUUUUUUUAUUCCUCUGUUUGAUGUUGGAUUCCUACUUCUAAAUUUUACAUACAGUAAUUGGAAUGUUUAUACUGCUUAUUAUACUAAAAGUACAUAUGAUAAGCCAAAUCUGGCACAGGAUACAUCACUGUGACCUUUGUCAUCACUGGAUACAUAAUAACGCUUAGAUCUCGAGAGUUUCCUGAAUCAGAUUUCUGUGAUAACUUUUGAAAGAUCAUUUUUGAUAUUGAAUCUUCCUAUACCAUACAUGGUUAAGAUAACUUUAUAAAUGGAAAGAGCACUGUUAUUCAGAAGCCUUUUGAAACUGUCGCGUAUCCUUCUUUAUCUGUGAUGGCUAAGUUCCAUUUUAUACUUAAUAAAAGAUUUCGUGGUAUACACAA